AUGGUUUUUGUCAAGUCUCAGAAGUCAAAGGCUUACUUCAAGAGAUACCAAGUCAAGUUUAAGAGAAGGAGAGAGGGUAAGACCGAUUACCGUGCUCGGAUUCGGUUGAUUAAUCAGGAUAAGAACAAGUACAACACUCCGAAGUAUCGGUUUGUUGUGCGAUUUACCAACAAAGAUAUUGUUGCGCAAAUAGUAUCUGCUAGUAUCGCUGGUGAUAUUGUUCUUGCAGCUGCAUAUGCACAUGAGCUGCCACAUUAUGGUCUUGAAGUAGGUCUUACCAAUUAUGCUGCAGCUUAUUGCACUGGACUCCUGUUGGCCCGUCGUGUUCUCAAAACACUUGAGAUGGAUGAAGAAUAUGAGGGAAAUGUUGAGGCUACUGGAGAAGAUUAUUCUGUGGAGCCUGCUGAUUCCAGGAGGCCAUUCCGUGCUCUCCUUGAUGUUGGUCUUGUAAAGACCACAACUGGAAACCGUGUCUUUGGUGCCCUGAAGGGAGCACUGGAUGGGGGUUUGGAUAUUCCUCACAGUGACAAAAGGUUUGCUGGUUUUGACAAGGAAAAGAAGGAGCUUGAUGCUGAGGUUCACCGCAAAUAUAUCUUUGGUGGACACGUUGCUGCCUAUAUGAAGACUUUGACUGAAGAUGAGCCUGAGAAAUACCAAACUCAUUUCAGCGAGUAUAUUAAGAAAGGAAUUGAGGCUGAUGGACUUGAGGAGCUGUACAAGAAGGUUCAUGCUGCCAUCCGUGCAGACCCCACCAUUAAGAAAGCAGAGAAGAAGGCUCCAACACAGCACAAGAGAUACAAUCUGAAAAAGCUUACCUACGAGGAGAGAAGAGCUAAGUUGAUCCAACGCUUGGAAAAUCUCAACUCUGCAGUUGAUGAAGAUGAUGAGGAUGAUGAGUGA